UCGCGCUCUGUAUCCGGGGCGCUGUGACGCGAGGGCUGCGUCUCUUCCAGCCGCGACUCCAGGUAGUACAGGCCCUUCUUCCUGCGGCGUAUCUGCUUCCCUGGGAUUCUGCACCUCGACCAACGCCGCCACCAUGAACAAGAAGAAGAAGCCUUUCCUGGGCAUGCCGGCGCCGCUCGGCUACGUACCGGGGCUGGGCCGGGGUGCCACUGGCUUUACCACUCGAUCAGACAUUGGGCCUGCCCGAGAUGCAAAUGAUCCUGUGGAUGAUCGCCAUGCUCCACCAGGCAAGAGGACUGUGGGUGACCAGAUGAAGAAAAAUCAGGCUGCUGAUGAUGAUGAUGAGGAUCUGAAUGAUACCAACUAUGAUGAGUUUAAUGGCUAUGCUGGGAGCCUCUUCUCAAGUGGGCCCUAUGAAAAAGAUGAUGAGGAAGCAGAUGCUAUUUAUGCAGCUUUGGAUAAAAGGAUGGAUGAAAGAAGAAAAGAAAGAAGAGAGCAAAGGGAAAAAGAAGAAAUUGAGAAAUAUCGAAUGGAACGUCCCAAAAUCCAGCAACAAUUUUCAGAUCUCAAGAGGAAGUUGGCAGAGGUCACAGAAGAAGAAUGGCUGAGCAUCCCAGAGGUUGGUGAUGCCAGAAACAAACGUCAGCGGAAUCCACGAUAUGAGAAGCUAACCCCUGUUCCCGACAGCUUCUUUGCCAAACAUUUACAGACUGGAGAGAACCACACUUCUGUGGAUCCCCGACAGACUCAAUUUGGAGGUCUGAACACACCCUAUCCAGGUGGUCUGAACACUCCGUACCCAGGAGGCAUGACACCAGGAUUGAUGACACCUGGCACAGGGGAGUUGGACAUGAGGAAGAUUGGCCAAGCAAGGAACACCCUGAUGGACAUGAGGCUCAGCCAGGUAUCUGACUCGGUGAGUGGGCAGACUGUUGUGGACCCCAAAGGCUAUCUGACAGAUCUAAACUCUAUGAUCCCAACCCACGGAGGGGACAUCAAUGACAUCAAAAAGGCACGGCUACUCCUCAAGUCUGUUCGAGAGACUAACCCUCAUCACCCACCAGCUUGGAUUGCAUCAGCUCGCCUGGAAGAAGUCACUGGGAAGCUGCAAGUGGCUCGGAACCUUAUUAUGAAAGGGACAGAGAUGUGCCCCAAGAGUGAAGAUGUCUGGCUAGAAGCAGCCAGGUUACAGCCUGGGGAUACAGCCAAGGCUGUGGUGGCACAGGCUGUUCGCCAUCUCCCACAGUCUGUUAGGAUUUACAUUAGAGCUGCAGAGCUAGAAACAGACAUUCGAGCAAAAAAGCGGGUUCUUCGGAAAGCCCUUGAGCAUGUUCCAAACUCCGUUCGCUUGUGGAAAGCAGCUGUUGAGCUUGAAGAGCCAGAAGAUGCUAGAAUUAUGCUCAGCCGAGCUGUGGAGUGCUGUCCCACCAGUGUGGAGCUCUGGCUUGCUUUAGCGAGGCUGGAGACUUAUGAAAAUGCUCGUAAGGUCUUAAAUAAAGCACGUGAGAACAUUCCUACAGACCGGCACAUCUGGAUCACAGCUGCCAAGCUUGAGGAGGCAAAUGGAAACACACAGAUGGUGGAGAAGAUCAUUGACCGAGCCAUCACCUCCCUGCGGGCCAAUGGUGUGGAGAUCAAUCGGGAACAGUGGAUCCAGGAUGCUGAGGAGUGUGACAGGGCAGGGAGUGUGGCCACGUGCCAGGCUGUCAUGCGUGCUGUGAUUGGUAUCGGGAUUGAAGAGGAAGAUCGGAAACAUACCUGGAUGGAAGAUGCAGAUAGUUGUGUGGCCCACAAUGCCCUGGAGUGUGCACGAGCUAUCUACGCCUAUGCCCUACAAGUCUUCCCCAGCAAGAAGAGUGUAUGGCUACGAGCUGCAUACUUUGAAAAGAACCAUGGUACCAGGGAGUCUCUGGAGGCACUCUUACAGAGGGCUGUGGCCCAUUGCCCCAAGGCAGAGGUGCUGUGGCUCAUGGGUGCCAAGUCCAAGUGGCUGGCAGGGGAUGUGCCUGCAGCAAGGAGCAUCUUGGCCCUGGCCUUCCAGGCCAAUCCCAACAGUGAAGAGAUUUGGCUCGCGGCUGUGAAGCUGGAGUCUGAGAACAAUGAGUACGAGCGUGCCCGGAGGCUGCUGGCCAAGGCACGGAGCAGCGCACCCACUGCCCGAGUGUUCAUGAAGUCUGUGAAGCUGGAAUGGGUGCUGGGGAACAUUGCUGCUGCCCAGGAGUUGUGUGAGGAGGCCCUGAAACACUAUGAGGACUUCCCCAAACUGUGGAUGAUGAAGGGGCAGAUUGAGGAGCAGGGGGAACUGAUGGAGAAGGCCCGGGAGGCCUACAACCAGGGGCUGAAGAAGUGCCCCCACUCCACACCACUGUGGCUUUUGCUCUCCCGACUGGAAGAAAAGAUUGGGCAACUGACCCGUGCUCGGGCCAUUUUGGAGAAGUCUCGUCUGAAAAACCCAAAGAACCCUGGUCUGUGGUUGGAGUCAGUGCGUCUGGAGUACCGUGCAGGGCUGAAGAACAUUGCCAACACACUCAUGGCCAAGGCUCUUCAGGAAUGCCCCAAUUCUGGUAUCCUGUGGUCUGAAGCUGUCUUUCUUGAGGCAAGGCCCCAGAGAAAGACCAAGAGUGUGGAUGCCCUGAAGAAGUGUGAACAUGACCCCCAUGUGCUCCUGGCUGUGGCUAAGCUGUUCUGGAGUGAACGAAAGAUCACCAAGGCCCGGGAGUGGUUCCAUCGCACAGUGAAGAUCGACUCAGACCUGGGGGAUGCCUGGGCCUUCUUCUACAAGUUUGAACUACAGCAUGGCACUGAGGAGCAACAGGAGGAGGUGAGGAAGCGGUGUGAGAAUGCAGAGCCUCGGCAUGGAGAGCUGUGGUGUGCUGUGUCCAAAGACAUCACCAAUUGGCAGAGGAAAAUUGGGGAAAUCCUGGUACUAGUGGCCGCCCGCAUCAAGAAUACCUUCUAAUAGCUGGAGUAGGGACAAAGCACUGAGGGGCAGCACAUGAACAGUGAGCACAAGGCCUAUACUGCCUGUCAUUCAUUCAUUAAAGAUUUUUAUGGAGUA